GCUUUAUUUUUCCUCAUGGAUGUUCUUCUCCGAGUGUAUGUAGAAGGGAGACAGCAUUAUUUCUCUGACCUACUGAACACCCUAGAUGCCGUCGUCAUUGGUGUGACUCUGCUCAUUGCCAUCACUUACAUAUUUUAUGACAAGAAGUUUCUUAGAGAUAUCCCAAGAUUAGCAGUUUUAUUUCGGCCUCUACGACUGCUCAUUCUGGUAAGAAUUUUGCAACUGGCUCAUCAAAAAAGACACCUUGAAAAGCUGACAAGGCGGCUGGUCUCAGGAAACAAACGACGAUACAAGAAGGAUGGCUUUGACCUAGAUCUCACUUACGUUACCGAGCGUAUCAUUGCUAUGUCGUUCCCAUCGUCUGGAAAGCAGUCUUUCUAUAGAAAUCCAAUUCAGGAGGUCGUGCGGUUCCUCGACACCAAGCAUCCAAACCACUACCAAGUCUACAAUCUAUGCAGUGAGAGAGCGUAUGACCCGAAACGCUUCCACUACAGGGUCCGCAGAAUCAUGAUUGACGACCACAACGUCCCCACGCUCGAGGAAAUGCUGCUGUUCUCCAGGGAAGUGAGCGACUGGCUGGCUAAGGACCCUGAAAACGUCGUGGCAGUUCACUGUAAGGGCGGAAAAGGAAGAACUGGAACCAUGAUUUGCGCGUGCCUCCUUGCUGAUGACAUAGUUUUAAGUGCAAAGGAAAGCCUUUUCUUUUUUGGGGAGCGGAGGACUGAUAAAACCAACAGCACUAAGUUCCAGGGAAUAGAGACCCCUUCUCAGAAUAGGUAUGUUAAAUAUUUUGAAAAACUGAAAUUUCGCUACCAAUGGACUCUCCCUCCAAAAAAAUUACUCAUAAUAAAAAGAUUCAUUGUUUACUCUAUUCAUGGUGUUGGAAAAGGCAAUGGAAGUGAUCUAAAAAUACAAGUAAUAAUGUGGCAGGAGACUAUUUUUUCCUGUUUUACUUCCAAAAAUUGUAUGAUAUUCCAUGACAUUGAGACAGACAGAGCAAUAAUUAAUGUAUACAACUGUCCAGCUCUGUCCGAGGAUGUGAAAGUGAAGUUUCUCUCCCCGAAUCUUCCCAAAUACUACGAUGACUGUCCCUUUUUCUUUUGGUUUCACACAUCUUUCAUAAAAAAUAACAGGCUUUAUCUAGCAAGACAUGAAUUGGAUAACCCCCAUAAAUCAAAAACAUGGAGAAUUUAUGGUCCGAAGUUUGCAGUAGAAGUGUAUUUUGGUGAGACACAGCAAGCGAUACGUGGUCGACGUUGAAU